AUGUCCAGUAAUUGCGUAAAUGAUAAAGCCACUGCUAUUACUUCUGCAGGAAAACUCAAAAAAAGAAAAUAUGGCGAUAAACAGGAUAUUAAGAAUAAGCCGGUUUUAUUCAAAAAUAAAGUAAGAUCAUCUCAAGCAUGCGACAGAUGUAGAUUGAAAAAGAUAAAAUGUGAUGGAAUCACUCCAACUUGUUCUAAUUGUGCUAAAAUUGACUUCAAAUGUGUUAAAAGCGAUAAAUUAAGCAGAAGAGGGUUUCCUAAAGGAUAUACUGAGAUGCUAGAAAAACAGGUUGUACAUUUACAAAAAUUGUUAGAUAGUAACAAUAGUAACAACAACGACAACAGCAACAACAACAACAACAACAACAACAACAAUAAUAAUAAUAUUAAAACUAACAGUUUUAACACUACCAAAGGCAACAUGAAUAAUGAUGGCAAAAUACCCUUUAUCAAUGACACCAUAUUAAACCAUGAAAACUAUUUGAUCGACGAUUAUUACUACAUUGGUACUGACCCAUUAAAUAUGCUAAAUACCAACAACAAUGUAUAUACUGUAGGAACUAUGCCGGAUCAAAGUUUAUUUUUAUUUCAAAAUUAUUACUUCAACAUACUAUGUGCUAAUGACAGUAAUUUGUCCUUAAUCGUCGCUUCUCAAGAAAAUGUAGGGGAAGAACAAAAAACAUUAUUUAUACCCAAAAGCUUCUGUAAUUUAAUAAGCCUGGCCGGACAACAAAGAACCUCUCCUACAGAUGUUAACACUCCUAAUAACAAGAACAAUAAGAACAGCAAUGGGGGAACCACUCUUGUAUCAGACAGUGUUUUAAAAAAAAUAGCUUCAAGGAUAAUCGAAGAUUUUGUGGAUAUAGAAAUGUCCUUAAUACCAAUAUUGUACCCUAAAAAAGAAUGGAAAGAUUCACUAUUGGUUACAUUAUUGGACGUCGAUAAUACAGCUAACAACACUACAAACACUUUGAAUUUAUGCUGUAUUUUAUUGAUAUAUGAAUGGAAAUUUAAAUUAAUUUCCAUCAAUGAUAGCAAUAACGAGCGUAUUUUGCUCGAAUUAAUCAAACUUGUGUGUUUGCAAGAUACCAAAAGCAUCAAAAGUACUCAAUUAUUAUUGUUGCUGACUUAUUAUUCCAUGUCUUUGAGUCCCCCCAGUAACUAUAAAUAUGAAUUAAUUAAUUUAUGUUUCAGUAAAAUAUUGACUCAAGGAUUGUAUAUCGAGCCCGAUAAGUUUACAAAUAGCAAUACCAACAGCGAUUAUAAAACCACUAAAGUAGUAACCUAUUGGUGUUUUCAAUUUUUGGACACGUGGUUUAAUUUAACUAUGGGUAAACCAAAAUGCAAUUUUACAUUGGACGAAUUCCAAAUGAAGAAUUUAACUGAGAUAUCUGCAGUUUUGCCUAAAUCAAUGAAAUCCUAUAUGUUGCUAUCUCGUUUUAUUGUGGAUGGGUUCGAUGGACUAGACUUGAAACAAUUAGGUGAAAUAAACGGCAGUAAACCCACCGGCGCUAAUACAACGUUGCAUAAUGUUACUGGUAUAUUGCUUAACUUCAAAAAUGUUUUAGAGAAAUAUCAAUUGUAUCAUUCUAUCGGAGAACAUCUUAUAGACAACAAUAUGAACAGCAAUGACGUCCACAAUACUACCAAAGAACAUGAUACUCACGGGAUGAUUAACAACAGCUCCGAAAAAACUAACCACGAUGCCACAGCCAAAACAAAAAACAUUAGAUUAUUGGAAACUAUGUGCACAAAGUUAGAUGCAAGCCACAUAAUGGAAAUCAAAAUAUCAUUAUACUAUUUAAUUGUUAAAUUAUUGGUUACCUUGUACUCAAAAGGUAUUGAUGCUGAUGUAUCUAUUUAUAAUUUGGCCAAUGAGAUUUUAUCUUUGUAUUAUAUUAUUUUGAAAAGAGAUGACAUCAGUGUUGAUAUUACUGUUAAUAAUGAAUCUACUUCAGCUAUCUUGGUAAUACCACCACAUUUCCAGAUAUUACAUUUUUUACCUAUCAACAACAUAGCUUUGGUUGACUUUUGUUUAAAAAUUUUAAGGGAGAAAUCUUUUAGUGAUGGUCAUGAUGAAACUAUUUUUAAUGUUUGGGAAACGUUUUGGGAUAACAAACGUAUUUUGGAGACAAAAUUUAAAAAACAGACCAAUAAGGACGAAAUAAAUAGCUUUUCGGCAGGAAAUAAUAGGAAUACCCAUGAUAUAACCACUAUGAAUCACAUGAAUAGUUCUAUCAAAAGUUUUUCCAAUUUUUUGCUGUUACAGCAAUAUAUCACCAAUGGGAAUGUUAUCAAAAACAACGAAGGUAACCUCGCCAGUCCUGACAUAUUUCAUACUGCUGAUGAUAAUAGCACCAAUGACCCGGCAAAAACUAGUAUGGAUAAACAGGAACCAAAGGAAAACCUAACCAGUGAGAGCAUAAAGCAGUUUUUAUCAAGCCCCUAUGCAACGACUGGCGUAGGACCUAACACUUUAUCUAAUAGUGUAUUUAAUAACGUAAAUUUCAAUGUUUUCGGUCAAUUUAAAAGUAACCAGGCGGAUAUCAUUAAUACAACAAAGACAUCUACUAAUAAUGCGAAUCCUGUUGAUAGCACGUUCGACAAUAACAAGAGAACAUAUAGAAUGAUGUCAUUCAUUCAAGAUGAGGAUGACGAGGGAUAUAUAGAAGACGAUGAAGAAGAUGAUGAUACUAAUAACGACAGUAAUGAAAACCCUUUAGAAAUUAUUUUUCCACCAAGAAAAUUGCACGCUAAUAAUAACAGUAAUAAUGAACACUACAAUCGUAGACAUAACAGUAAUAUUUUUCCAUCAAAAAAAAAGAAUACUACAAACUUAUUUCCCACUAUUACAUCAAUUCCUACAACCAGUGAUAAAAACAACAUUAAAAAUAGAAAUAAAAAUAAAAAUAAAAAUAAUCACAAGAGUAUAGGAAUUACUAUGCGUACCGAUAUUAACAAUAAUGCCAGUAGCACUCUUCCAACGACGAAUGUUACAACCGCUGUACAAACCCCACCUUCGAAUGUUGUCAAUGAAUCAACUACACCUAGAUCAUUUAUAGAUUUGUUAGCUGUUGCUGCUUCAGGUAGGCUAAAUAAAGAUGAUAUUGAUAAUAAAAACGGUGAAAGAGAAAAAAUGAAUAAGGAAAGCAUUAUACUAGACACAAAUAUGGAUAAUAAUAAUAAUAAUAAUAAUAAUAAUAAUAAUACGGGUAAUUCUGCCAAUAAUGAUAUUUUAGAACAAACAGUUGAUGAUAAUUCUACUCAAAAUAAUGGUGCCACGUAUAAUUCCACCCAAAAUAAUGGUACCACGUAUAAUUCUACUCAAAAUAAUGGUACCACGUAUAAUUCUAAUACUAGACCUAUUGCUACUACUAAUAAUAAUAAUAACAAAGAAUUGACUUUAAAACCUACAUUAAGCAUACAAAACUUAAUUGAGUAG